UUUACCGAUCCCGAUGGACAGUUGGUUUUGGGCAUGCGCCCAUCCUGGUUAAAAUGUCGGAUGCGAGUGAUCUCGAGCGAAAGGAAAGAGCAACGACGUCUGAGGGCUGCAGCCAUGAAACUUCUUGCAAAUCUCUAAAGAAAAAAAGAAGUCGAUCUGAAGGAACAGAUAUAACUUCUGAUACAGAUAGUCCAGACGGUAGCCAAGAUACUUCUUUUGCAUCUCCAAAGAAAAAGUCUGACGCUGAAAGUGAAGCAGAUACAACUUCUGAUACAGAUAGUCCAGAUUCCGUGAAACGGUGUAAACGAGUCCAUUUUGAAACAGAAACCUCUUUGUCGCGAAUGGAUUCAGACAGCCCGGUGUUUCUAAAGAACAUUCCAAAAUACACAUCUAAAUGGUCAGAAGAAGUACUACCAUGUCUUAGAAUUCAGGUAGUUCAACAAUUUCCUGAUAUGCAUGACGUAUUUCUAGAAGGUUGUUUACACUUUAUAGAUGACCCACAAAAACGUGCCGAAAUCAUGCCAGACCUGUUUGUGUCAAAGAAUGAAGACGAGCAAACGGUGAUUGGAUGCUUUAAGCAUGUGUUGCAGCAUAUUUUUACUUUGCAUUGUGAUGAUCUUUCAAAUGUUGAACUAGAUGAUUUAAGAGAAAUGGAAAGUGUGUUGACAAGUCCUCAUUGGAUUGACAAUUUUGCAGAACGAUCUCCAAAUAAGCAAUAUUGCAGAAAAGUGUUGGAGGAUCUUGCAAGGAAACUUAAGCUAUUUGUGUGGCAGCUAAUGCACAUGGUGAGAAAAUCACAGAAUCAAGGGAAAGAAAUAACUAAAGGAAUGUACCAGGAAUUGUUUGUGCUCUUUGCUAAAACAUUCAAUCUUCAUAUUUUGUCAGGAUCCAAUGUUGAAAAGUACACUAUGGGUAUUGGGGAUGACAAUAGAUUUGUUGCUGUACCAGAUGCUGUGAUCUGCCAUCCAAAUACAGAUAAGGACAACAUAUGUGCUGUAGUAGAGGUUAAGAAAUAUUGGUUAGAUGAAGAUUAUUCAAACCAAAAUGUGCAUAGCCUACGAAAAUGUGAAAGGAGAAUUUCUAAUCCCCAUCAUAUUGGAUCAGAUUUACAAAGUCAGCAUGUUGGACAGAUUCUUUGUGCUCAACCACACUCACUGUUCGGAGAGAAAGGGAAUUUUGGAAUUGUAGUCCAAGGAACAAAAGUGAUGAUUUCAUCAUUCAAGGCAGACAGUUUUUACUACCAGAAUUUGAAAAAUGGGUUUCUGAUGGAAAAAGGAGCAACAAUAACAUUCAGUAAAGAAUGUAACAUACUCAGAAAGGAAGGGAGAACAGAUUGUAUUCAAACCUUUCUUCAUUUUAAGAAACUGAUGGAGUUUUUAAGUAAAAAAUCUUUUUCCUAAUCAAUAAAUAUUUGUAUGUUGGG